AUGGAGAUGAUGAAGAAGAAGAAGACCCAGUGCACCUUCCUCCUCGUGGGCCUCUUAGCCUUCUGGGCCAGGGUGUCACCUGCCUCAGCUCAGGGAGAUUCAGUGUCAUCGUCAUCUGAGGAACACCCAGCACCUCCUCGUGUGCCUCUGCCAAGACCCCCUGCCAUGAGAUGCCCCACCAACUUGAAGGAGCAAGAGCUGGAGUGUGGCGCUCAGUGCACAUCACACAGCAACUGCCCAGGAGAGCAGAUGUGUUGCAGGUAUGGCUGCCAGCGGAGGUGCGUGUUGCCCGUCAACGUGAAUCCCGGCUACUGCCCCAGCUCCAACCCCUUCCCCCCUACAAUGUGCGCCAUCAGGUGUGUCAACGACAAAAGGUGUGGCAAGGGGAAGAAAUGCUGCCGCUGGGGCUGUUUAUCCAGCUGCGUUGAUGCAGAGCCAGAAAAUCCUGGGGUGUGCCCAAAGAUAGAUGCCCUGAGACGGUUUCCCUCUUGCCCUAACAAAUGCGAGGACGACCGGGAUUGUGACCACCAACAGAAAUGCUGCUUCACAGGAUGCGGCCGCGAGUGUGUCGGCCUUGAGAAAGAUCUCUGCAACCUCCCCAGGGAUCCUGGCUCCUGCAAUUUGUCCUUGGACUAUUUCUACUACCACGCCCACACCAAGAGGUGCAGGAGGUUCAAGUACAGCGGCUGCAAAGGGAACUCCAAUCGCUUCUACACCAGGAAGGAUUGCAUGGACGUCUGUGGGGAAGUUGGUAGGUGAGAUGUCGAGCUCUGUUGGACGGUUGGUUUGCAGAUCGGGAACGGAUGGAUGGGUGAAUUGUUAAGUAUAAUUGCUUAAUUGUACACUGAAAUGGAAAGUGACUCUGUAAUGUGUCUGUAUGUAUACUGUGUAGCACGGCAUGGAAAAUUCCAUUGACGCUAUGUAGAGAGCCUAAUGGCUAAUGAUUAAGUGAGACUGGUAUUUAACGUAAAUCACAUGAAAAUGAUGCAAUCGCCAGCCUAUGCAUAUGUUAAUC